AAUCUGAAUUCCAUUUGUUGGUGUUCUCGUCUCACUGCCGUACAAUUAUUCCAUUUCAUUCCUUCUCGAUGGCUACUACUCAAGGACAAGUCAUUACAUGCAAAUUAAAGCCGCGGUGGCCUGGGAACCCAACAAGCCAUUGUCCAUCGAGGACGUUCAGGUGGCGCCACCGCAGAAUGGCGAGGAUCCAGAAGGUCUUUUCCAUGUAUACUUGAUCAUGAGGCUGCAGGGAUUGUGGAAAGUGUUGGAGAAGGUGUUACUGCAGUUCAGCCCGGUGAUCAUGUCAUCCCUUGUUACCAGGCUGAGUGUGAAGAGUGCAAGUUUUGCAUAUUAGGCAAAACCAAUCCGUGUGGCAAAGUUCGAGCCGCCACUGGGGUAGGGGUCAUGCUGAGCAAUCACUAGAGUCGCUUCUCUGUCAAUGGAAAACCCCUCUAUCAUUUUAUGGGAACCUUCACAUUUGGUCAAUACACUGUUGUUCAUGACGUUAGUGUAGCUAAGAUUGAUCCCAAAGCCCCUUUUGACAAAGAUUGAUCUCAAUACUGAAUAACCGUAUGCUCUCCAUUAAUUGCACACCACUCCAGCUGUUUUGAUUAAUAAGAUAAUAAGAGAAAAAAUGUUAUGCA